GAGGCACCUGCCCCGCGGAGCCUCCGCGCCGGCGGAGGGGGGUGCCGGGGGGGGGGGGGGGAUUGGGGUGGGGGGGUGGGGGGGGGCAGCGCACCGCCUCGCCCCGACGCCGACACUUCGCCCCGAGUUUAACGACUCCCGGGGGCUUCGAGCAUGAGCAAGCCGGCGGGAUCAACAAGUCGCAUUUUAGACAUCCCUUGCAAAGUGUGUGGGGACCGCAGCUCCGGGAAACACUAUGGGGUUUACGCCUGCGAUGGGUGCUCGGGAUUUUUCAAGCGGAGCAUCAGGAGGAAUAGGACCUAUGUUUGCAAAUCGGGAAAUCAGGGGGGCUGCCCGGUGGACAAGACGCACCGGAACCAGUGCCGGGCCUGCCGGCUGAAGAAGUGCUUGGAGGUCAACAUGAACAAAGACGCGGUGCAGCACGAGCGGGGCCCCCGGACGUCGACGAUACGGAAGCAGGUGGCCCUUUACUUCCGCGGGCACAAGGAGGAGAGCGGCGGCGCCCCGCACUUCCCCGCCGCCGCCUUGCCGGCGCCCGCCUUCUUCACCGCCGUCUCCCAGCUGGAGCCCCACAGCCUGGAGCUGGCCGCCGUCGCCGGCACCCCCGAAAGGCAGGCCCUGGUGGGCCUGGCGCAGCCUACCCCAAAGUACCCACAUGAAGUCAACGGUACCCCUAUGUAUCUCUACGAAGUGGCCACCGAAUCCGUCUGCGAGUCAGCAGCCAGACUUCUGUUCAUGAGCAUCAAGUGGGCCAAGAGCGUCCCAGCCUUCUCCACCUUGUCCUUGCAAGACCAGCUGAUGCUUUUGGAAGAUGCUUGGAGAGAACUGUUUGUUCUAGGAAUAGCACAAUGGGCCAUUCCAGUUGAUGCUAACACUCUACUGGCUGUAUCUGGCAUGAACGGUGACAAUACAGAUUCUCAGAAGCUGAAUAAAAUUAUUUCAGAAAUACAGGCUUUACAGGAGGUUGUGGCUAGAUUUAGACAACUUCGGCUAGAUGCUACUGAAUUUGCCUGUCUCAAAUGCAUCGUCACUUUUAAAGCUGUGCCUACACACAGUGGUUCCGAACUGCGGAGUUUCCGAAACGCUGCCGCCAUAGCAGCCCUUCAAGAUGAAGCCCAGCUCACCCUGAACAGCUACAUCCAUACCAGGUACCCCACACAACCCUGUCGUUUUGGAAAACUUUUAUUGCUUUUACCAGCUUUACGUUCGAUUAGUCCAUCUACAAUAGAAGAAGUGUUUUUCAAAAAGACCAUUGGGAAUGUACCAAUUACAAGACUGCUUUCAGAUAUGUACAAAUCCAGUGACAUAUAAGUUACCUUCAAAUAAACAAUCAGGACAGACAGUUUGAGAAGAACUUUUAUCUAUGGAGAAUAAGCCUCAACUAACAAAAUCUACACGAAGCAUAAGCCUGGGAAUGUUUAGCCUUUAAACCCAUUGACAAAAAAUACCCCAGUAGAUAUGAUUCUGCUGCUCUGAACAGACUGAUUUAGAUCAUGGAGAGAAUGCUUUGUUCUACAGAAAAAGUGAAAGUGGUUGGAAUUUGGCUGCUAUUCCUGUUACUACAGGAUGGAGGCAAUUCAGAUGCCAGUCAUAGUUAACAAAGACUCCGCUAUUCUCCCAUUUAACUGGCAGAUCUGAGACAAAAUGUGAAAGAAGGUACUUUAGUUUGUUCAGUAUUUGGAACUGGGUGACCAAACUUGGCUUCUGUUGUAACAUGAGAGGUGGUGGCCUUCAGAACUGUUUUAAAAGUAGCCUAUGUUGGGAAAAUGUUUUUAAUAUGAUAGGCAACAUUUAAGACCAGGUUACCGAAACAUUGCUUCUGCUAUAAUACAUCAUGAAGUGGCCUUCAGAACUGAUUAAAAAGUAGCUUAUGACAGCAGCUCCAUUCUUCCUGCAAAAUGAACUGGUGAUCUUUGAUGUGGAUGUCACCGCAAUUUGUUCAGUUAACAUCUCAAAGACAGAAGAGCUUUAUACGCUUCCUCCCCGUCCUUCCCUCCUCCUCCUUCCCCCCCCCCCACAGACACACAUUCAGACACACACCUGAAAAGAUACAAGUCAAGAAAGGAAGACUCAAACAGCAAAACCAAAUACAAUGGAGAUGACCGCUUCAGUGACCUGCUGGGUGUCCCGUUGGCACAGUGCUGAAACCAAAGGCAACGGUGGCCAAACUCUUUGUCAAUGAGAUGCGCAGAGAAGUGAAAUGACUAUGAAAAAAACAAAAAAAAAAAAUCAAUGGAAGGAAUUUUAUUUCAAAGAAAGAAAGGUUGUUGACUGAUCCAAUGCUAACAUUUUCCAAAAGUCUCCAAUGCCUUUUUAGAAAACUCCAGGUUCUAAUUUCGAAGCCUUGUUCGCCUACACCCUCUCACACACAAAAACGUUAUAAGCUGCUUAUUUGAUGUAUGAAAAAUGUAGAAAAAACAUUUAAAGAUAGCUGCUGUACUUUUCAAAAUUUGUUAUUAGGAACUAGCACUGAGAAAAAUCAGCACUUGGACUAUCAUAGAAUGAGUAAAACUUUUCCUGUACAAAGUGGAUUAACUGAUUUGUGAAGUUAAAAAGUUGUACUCAUUGUAUUUACAAAGAAUAAAAAUAUAUUGAAUUUAAAUUGCUUUCCACUGGUCUUUUAACACUUAUCCCUCUAUUUCUGGAUUAGUUUCUUCCACUGUACCCUACUUACCAGGGAACAGAAAUAUUCCCUACUAAAAUGGAUUGCCUUGGAGGCUGUGGGGUCUCCACCAUCAGAGGUUUUUAAAGACAGGUUGGACAAACAUUAAAGGAAUAGCUCUGGGGCAAAGGGACCUUGACGUCCUCCAUAAAACUGUUUUCUGUAGUUCAAAUCUACACCUGCUGCAAGGUUUCCUUCUCAAGAAGCUGACACAGAGAUCUUUCGAGGACACAAUGCUAAAUGGAUCAGAGGUCUAACUUAGUAUUAAGUCUCCUGUUUCGUGCUAUUACGGUUUUUAAUAUCAGUGAAUCGUGCAGCUAACAAAGGGUGACGAGUACAAAAACACUACGUCAAUUAAAAAGAUUCUGAGGUUUUAUUAAGGUGUCCAGCUGUGUAAUCACACCAAAGAAAGAGGUAAGCAACCCCCAAUGCACAGAACAACUUGGGAAUAGGAGAAGGGAAACAAAACAUAUUGUUCAUAUGGCAAUGGAUGACGGAAGAGCUACGCACGCUAAAAUGACAGGUGGAAACGUACAGUGUAUAUCAAUGGCUCAUUGCUUUUCAGUGCCCAGGAAUACAGAUCACAAGUGAAAUCCUUGCUCCAUUGACUCCAAGCACAAAAAUCUCACGUGUUUCAGACAUCAGAGUUUUCAUCCCAACUCUCUUCCAUUUGCACCGUCUGCUAGGCCUCACAUUCUAUCCUUUCCAAAACAACCAGACCAUUAAGUAUACAAGACCAGUCUUUUGAUAAGUCAGGUGAGACAACGCACGGACUUCGAAACAGCUUCUAUACAAACUAGCAUGGAGCACCCGAGAAUGAAUUCACCACAGGGCAUUGCAAAUGCUUUGAAAUUUUACGAAGUGUUCUUCCUGCACCUGUAAUAACCUUCACCCAUUUUCUGCUCUCUACACUAAAAGAACUUGACAGGGCGGAAAAAUCAAUUGUGGUUCUCCACUCUGUGACAAUUCAGUUUACCAGCUAAAGAAGUUGAAACCCAGUGCUGUGCAGAACCCACGAGCACCCAUUUCAGUAAAAUUUAUGCUGCUGUGCCAGAGCAGCAAACGUGAACUGCAUCCAUGCUGCAAGGCAACCGCACUCGACAGUGUGCUACGGUCCCAGUCCCUAGCUCACCCAGGCUAGAGGAUGCAACAGAGUCCCUUUCUCCCAGUUGCAAAGCAGGCAGGGGAAGGGGUGCACACCCACAUCUCAUCCUCUCACCUGCAGAGCAGACUCCCCAGCCGGGAACAGUGCCCAGAUCCCUGGGGUUUAGGCACAGCUAACGUCGGACCACGUCUUCCUCCCAGUACUGCAGACUGCACAGAAGCAGAACCAGUUACACUACACGAGAAUUAAGGUCUCUAGUUAGCCCUGAAGAGAAGGUGAAAUCUGAAAUGCUCUGUCAACAUCCCACGUCAAUGCUCUGAAGUCCUCACUUUAGAAACAGGAAUACUUUGACAUCAAGCCUGCAGCUUUUCCCUCUUUAGCUUAAUUCUCUUUUUUCCACAGCCGAUGAUAUAGACUGUGUCAUCCUCCUUUAAGGGAUAAGAUGGGGUAUUUACGUUGAUUUCUGAAAGAAGCUUCUCUCUGAAAAGAACGUUUGAGAAAAGAAAAA